AUGCCGCAAUCGAGCCCAUUUUCUUCAAAAAGAACUCCCAAGAGCUCAUCCAAAACUACACCACGCCCCUCAACACCCGAAUCUUACAACCGAAGACACAUCGACAUGUCUCCCAAAGCCAUCGUACAGUCGAAGAAGAUGGCGAACUCCCGCUCUGGCGGGAGUGGCCCAUUUGAGCGAAAAAGACGAGCAUCUUCCUCUUCGGUCUCCAGUGUCUCAUCCGUUUCUUCUCUUGAAGAAUUGAGCGAGGAGGCUGAUGAGUCGGAUGAUGACGCAGACGACGAAGAAGACCGGCCGCUGGCCCAGGCUCGUUCCUUUGGUCGUCGAUGGAAUAACUCCCGCAAGGCGGGUCGACAAACCGCCAAGGGAAAGAGAAGACAGGUCUCCGAUGAUGAGGACUCUGGAAACCAGUUGAGUAGUGGCAGUGAUUCUGAUGACAGCUCAGAUGAUGUCUACGCUGCGGUAGACUAUAUUACGGAUGCCGAGGAUGAAGAGCAGGAUGUGGAAAAAUUGGAAGAAAUGAUGAUCAUGCAAUCCGAGAGAGAUCAUCGCAUCCUGCCCACUUCCGAAACCUCUCAUGACCAAUGGCAUGGUGCUGAGAUCUUUGGAGACUCGAUGUUCCUGCCUGCAGCCUCCUUUUUCGACGAGGAGCAGAUUUAUAGUGUCAUGGACACCUUCGGGGAACCCGAAAUUGCGAGCGAGCCGGUAGAGACUUCCGUGGCUCGCCGUGUCCAUUUCGAGGAGCGAUCUGACUCCUCGUCUGACAGCGACUCCCACACUGAAGAUGAGAUCCCCAGUGAUUUCCUCCAGCAAGAUUCCUUGGACCCUCAGUUGCGUCGCAUGAUUGAAAAUGACAAUGACAACCACCGUAGUCAUCGUCGCCAGUCUGAAGAGAUGUUUGGCGAUGCUGACUAUGGCCAUGGCAAUAUUUACCAUGUCGAGUCCGAGGGAACAUCCGAGGGUAGCUUGAGUGGUUAUGAGUCCGAUCAUGGCGACACAACAGAUGAGGAUCUACCCCCUCCAGCCACCAUUACUCACCCUCGCUCCCUUCUCCGUCGGGACUCGACCGACUCAUUGGUCGCUGCCGAAGAAAAGAGCGAUAUCAUCCCCCGCCGCCGUGGCCCAAUCAUGGGAACGUUUGUGGCGGAUCCUCACAAGCCUGUAGCAUUGGUCGACUGCACCGGAAAGCAUCUUGUCAUUAUCCCCGCCUAUGCAUCCUCACGUCAUGACUGGCUGGAUUCUGCGGCAAACAGCAUGGCCGGCACGGCCAACAACAGUCCCCGCCAGACGACUCUGCAGCUGAUCGACGAGAGCGAUACCGAUGCCCUUGCAUCUCCAAACCAGACCGACUUCAGCCCCAUGCUGGCUUCGAGCGCCAAUCUCAUGAUGACGGCCCUCGGAAACGACCUUGCCCCUGGCGGUCAGGUUAUGGGCCCCCCUGAAGCAUUCUACCCCUCUCGCGACUUCGCCAUCGAUAGCUCAUUCGAAGAGGAUGAUGAAGAUGAUCCAGAAUCUGCUCUCAAUGUGGAUGACUUCAUUGAUUUCGGUAACGGAUCCUCAGAUGAAGAGGACAUGGGCAAUCUCGAUGACGAUGCGCUCGUCUCUCCUAUGGCCGGUGGAUCCUCCAUGCCGAACAUGGGCACCCCAACACCAAAGCGCAACUCGGAGACCCAGCAGGACACCAACUCUGAACGCUUCCUCAACCACCUCGACAAGGGCAUUGUCACUGCCUUCCGUCGCAACCACAACCGAUACCAAGCCCUCCUCCGCCUCCCUCAACACCGUGAAUUUAUGCCCGCUAAUUCCCCCGCGCGGCCAGCCAGUGUCUUCCGACACGCUAAGCACACCGACCAGCGUACCCCGACUCGGAAACGCAAAGCAAGCGGGUACACGGGCGGCGAGGCGGUGCGUCGCAAGCUCAUGGAUGCGCAACGACGCACCCAGCUACCUCUUUGA